AUGAGGGCCCCACGCGAGCUUAGAGAUCGCUCCAAGUACUACCGAUUUCAUCGCGACUAUGGACAUGACACCGAGGAGUGUCGCGAUUUGAAGAACCAGAUCAAGGAGCUCAUUAAUCGAGGACACCUAGGUCACUAUAUUAAAAUACCACGAGAAUUAUCGCCACGCUCCUCGGGUCCGAUCGAGAAGCAGAUUGAUGUGAUUAGUGGCGGCUCAACAUCGGGUGGGGAUAGCAUGGCGGGACGAAAGGCUUACGCCCGAGUAGUAGUGGAAAAGCGUAUGAGGCAACUGCAAGCACCAGAAAUCACAUUCUCGUUAGGGGAAACCAAGUACCCUGAACAUGAUGAUGCAUUGGUAAUCUCGACCAGUAUUGCCAAUGCUCAGGUUAAAAGGAUCAUGGUGGACACCGGGAGUUUCACCGACGUCCUAUACUUCGCCGCCUUUCGGAAACUUGGCCUGACCAAGGAAGACCUUACGCCAAUGCUAUCGGCGCUUACCAGAUUUACAAGUGAUUCCAUUUCACCUCUCGACACCACCAUCCUGCCAGUCACCCUAGCAGAAGAGUCAAAGUCCAAGAUGAUCAUGGUGACCUUCAUGGUGGUGGAGCUCCCCUCGGAGUACAAUGCCAUUAUGGGUCGUCCAACCCUCAACAAGUUCAGAGCUAUCAUCUCCAUGUACCACUGGGCAAUAAAAUUCCCAACCCAAGCUGGGACCGGGGAAGCAAGGAGUGACCCUCGGGAAUCUCGACAAUGUUACAUGGCAGCCAUUGCGUUACCCAAGAUGCUAACGUACGAACAAUCUAUCGUCGACCCUCGAGACAUCACCAAGCCAUCGUUGUGCCCCGAGCCAACCGAGCACACUCAAGAGGUCCCGCUGCACAGCAACUAA